AGGGGUAAACCGCGUCGGAGAAUCUCGUUAGCAGUUUCCCAACAUACUUGAGCGAAACUUCUCGGCGUCGAACGACCGAACGUUAAAAAAGUGAGUUUCGCUCAAACUACCAUCUUGGAUAUUCUCUUUCGCAAGCAAAUAAACUUAUUCCAAGUGCAUUCUUUCAAAUUUUUGGUGUGCAGAUUUUGUUCUAAUUAAAAAGUGCGCUUUGUGAACCUUGGGAUUGUACCACGUGACGCUUUCUUGGAGAUUUGUUUGUGUUAUCGUCGUUAAGCCCGGGAAUUUGAGCAACCAGUGGUUUGCGUCUGCGACUGCGUAACAUUGAGACGUGAUCAUGUGCGAUCUUUGAAUUCCAUGAUCUCCUUUCAACAAGUUUGAAGAUGCUUCUUAGGAACCUCAGUGGCAGGAAAUAUUCAGUUUUUGCUCAACUGCUAUCAAGUAGGACGCAAGCCUGGUGUACUGCUUUGGAAUUCUAAUUCAUUGCAGUCAUGCAGUGCACUGGGCUUGCUUUAGUGCUGCUUGCAGCAUUCACGCAGCUCUGCAAGGCUGCACAGCAUCACAAAGAUUCAUAUGUUAUGAAGGGAAAAAUAUGCAUUGGUACAUCCGGGCGCAUGUCUGUACCUGCCAAUCGAGAUCAUCAUUAUCAAAACCUUAGAGACAGAUAUAUCAAUUGUACAUAUGUAGAUGGAAAUCUGGAGCUUGUUUGGUUACUAGAUAGCAACAUGGAUUUAAGUUUCCUAAAAGAAAUCCGAGAAGUGACCGGAUAUGUUCUCAUUUCUCAUGUAAAUAUUCGCCACAUCGUGCUUCCUAAUCUGAUGAUCAUUCGUGGUCGUAAUCUGUUUCAGCUCACUGCUGAGUCAGAGGAAUAUUCUCUGCUUGUCGCUCGAAACACAAUAGAAGUGCUGGAAUUGCCAGCUCUGCGUGAUAUACUUGCUGGAGGAGUUGGCUUUAUUGACAAUGAUAAUUUGUGUUAUAUUAAUACAAUCAACUGGGAGGAAAUAUUAGCUGGUUAUUUGAUGAAGCCUAUUAUUGUUUUUAAUUCCACGCUGCCAGAAAGAAGAUGUCCGCCUUGCCAUAAGAGUUGUGUUGCUGGUUGUUGGGGACCAGGUGAGCUUAGCUGCCAAAAAUUUUCUAAAAUCAACUGCUCACCCCAGUGCCAUCAAGGAAGGUGCUUUGGACCAAAUCCCAGAGAGUGUUGUCAUCUCUUUUGUGCUGGAGGAUGUUCGGGGCCAACCCAAAGUGACUGUUUGGCAUGUAAAAAUUUUGAUGAUAAUGGAGUUUGCAAGCAAGAAUGUCCACCAAUGAGAAGAUACAAUCCUGCUACAUAUUCUUGGGAAAGCAAUCCUGAAGGAAAAUAUGCAUAUGGAGCCACUUGUGUAAAGAAUUGCCCUGAACAUCUAUUACGUGACAGUGGUGCAUGUGUGAGGUCUUGCCCAGAUACAAAGAAAGCAAUUGAUGGUGAAUGUGUUUCUUGUGAUGGCCCAUGUCCUAAAAAUUGCCAAGGUGUAAGAGUUGUCCACUCUGGGAACAUUGAUACAUUUCGUGGUUGCACUGUCAUCGAAGGAUCUUUGACAAUCUUAGAUCAAACGUUCGAUGGAUUUCAAGAUGUUUACCCAAACUUUACUUUUGGUUUGAGAUAUCCAAAAAUGCAUCCAAAUGAACUGGAAGUUUUCUCAACUUUAAAAGAAGUGACUGGCUUUGUGAACAUUCAAGCUACACAUCCAGAUUUUCGAAAUUUGUCUUUUUUUAGAAAUCUUGAAAUUAUUGAUGGUCGUCAACUGACAGAGUUUAAUGCUGCUUUGUAUAUAGUCAAAACUUCACUGCAAAGUUUAAAUUUGCGCUCUCUAAGGAAAGUACGAUCAGGCAGCGUAGCAAUUUUAGAAAAUUCCGAGCUGUGUUUUGCUAGUGAGAUUCAGUGGCCAGUAUUAAUGAGAUCAAGCACUGGAAGUGUUUUACUACAGCGUAAUGCAGUGAUUGAACAUUGCAGAAAACAAGGACUAGUAUGUGAUGAACAAUGCUCAAGUGAAGGUUGUUGGAGCUCAGGACCAGAUCAAUGUCUUUCUUGUAAAUCAUACAAAUUAAAAGAUACAUGUGUCUCUGGUUGCAAUACUACUAGAGGGAUUUAUGAUGCUGGAAAUAAAAUUUGUGAAUAUUGUGAUGAAGAAUGCUUGGGAGAGUGCCUAGGUCCUGGACCAAGUAAUUGUACACAAUGUAGAAAUGCUCGUGAUGGUCCUUAUUGUGUUUCUCAAUGUCCAGUGAGCAAAUAUAAUGAGAACAGAGAAUGCAUGCCUUGCCAUGAAAAUUGUGCAAAUGGAUGUACUGGUCCAAGAAAUACAGUUGGACCUGGUGGAUGUAAAUCAUGUGACAAAGCAAUUGUCAGUGCAUACGAUCCAAAUAUUGUUGAGCAAUGUCUAAAAGCUGAAGAACCAUGUCCUGAUGGUUAUUAUCAAGAAUAUAGUGGACCUCAUGAAGAAGGCAUCAUGAAAUCUUUAACUGGAAAAUCGGUGUGUCGCAAAUGUCAUCAUCGAUGUAAAAACUGCACAGCCUAUGGAAUUCAUAUUACUGUAUGUGAUUGUCUUAAAUACAGUGCUGGAGAGCAGUGUGAAGAUAGUUGUCCUCGAGAUCACUAUCCAGAUAAUACCAACUUCCAUUGUGUGAAAUGUGCUGAGGAAUGUAGGGGAUGCACUGGACCUACUAGUACUGAAUGUCAAGCAUGCAGAAAUUACAGGGUAUAUUUAUCAUCAAAUAGAACUUUGUUCAAUUGUACUGCUUCAUGUCCAGCUGAUAAACCUUAUAAAGUGUUUGAUGAUAACAUGGAAGACCCAUAUUGUUCUGAUGUAGAUCCAAUUGCCAUUGCAUACCAUGGGAUUGAAGAGGAACAUUUACCUGCAAUUUUGGGAGGAAUUGUCGGCUGUAUUUUAUUGCUCACUGUAUUUGCUGUUGUUUUUGGUUAUCAGUGGAUACAAAGAGUGAAAACGAAAGAAAACACCAUGAUGAUGACUAUGCGCAUGACUGGGUUUGAAGAUAACGAGCCCUUGAAACCGACCAAUGUCAAGCCAAACUUGGCUAAGCUUAGAAUUGUGAAAGAAGCUGAACUGAGAAAAGGAGGCAUUCUAGGUUAUGGAGCUUUUGGGACCGUGUAUAAGGGUGUUUGGGUGCCUGAAGGUGAAAAUGUGAAAAUUCCAGUUGCUAUCAAAGUUCUUCGUGAUGGUACCUGUCCUAAUAAUAACAAGGAAAUCUUAGAGGAGGCAUAUUUUAUGGCUAGUGUGGAUCAUCCAAAUCUUCUAAAAUUGUUGGCUGUUUGUAUGGCUUCUCAGCUUAUGCUUGUCACCCAGUUGAUGCCAUUAGGUUGCCUACUAGAUUAUGUACGUUCCAACAAGGAUAAAAUUGGCUCAAAACCUCUCCUGAGUUGGUGUGCUCAGAUAGCUCGGGGUAUGGCAUAUUUGGAAGAGCUACGAAUGGUGCAUAGGGACUUGGCUUUGAGAAAUGUUUUAUUGCAAACUCCAGGUUGCAUUAAGAUAACUGAUUUUGGUCUUGCAAAAUUUUUGGAUACCAAUGAAGAAGAAUAUAAAGCAGAGGGUGGAAAGAUGCCAAUUAAGUGGUUAGCCUUGGAAUGCAUUCAGCACAGAGUAUUCACUCACAAGAGUGAUGUCUGGGCGUUUGGUGUUACUGUAUGGGAGCUGCUGACAUAUGGUGCCCGGCCAUAUGAAAACACACCAGCUCGUGAAGUUCCUGAUCUUUUAGAAAAGGGUGAACGAUUACCACAGCCCUCUAUCUGUACCAUUGAUGUCUAUAUGCUGAUGAUAAAAUGUUGGAUGCUUGAUGCUGAGUCUCGUCCUACUUUCAAAGAAUUGGCUGAUCAGUUUUCUAAAAUGGCGAGAGAUCCUGGCCGAUUUCUAGUCGUCAAGGGCGAUAAAUUAUUGCAAUUGCCAUCUUAUUCUGCUCAUGAUAUUCGAGAACUCAUCAAAUCUAUUGGUAUGACAGCAGACGUUCCUGGAGUGGUGAUGGAUGCAGAGCAAUAUUUGCAUCCAAAACUUGAUGAUGAGCAGAGAACGGAAACAGAUUCCAUUGAUAAAAGCAAGCCUCCAGAAAACAGAAGCACUCCAAGCACUCCAAUUGGCAAUCCUCAACUACCGGAACUGAUGCCAAAUGUGCCUGUAUCCAAUAAUUCAACAAUGUGGUACAAUGGCCAAGUGGUGAGUGACCAACCACCUCCUGUACCAAGAUAUUGUCCAGAUCCUUUGAUGAAUGGCAUGACAAAAGUGGAUUUGUAUAAAUAUGAUCCUAAUGAUAAGUACUUAAGCCAGCAACCAGCCUUGCCAGUUGAUGAAGAGGAUUAUUUAAUGCCCGCUUCUUGUUCUAGAGGUCCAUCUGUUCGAUACAUGGACCUCAUUGGUGAUGCAAAUCUACCUGAAACGGUUGGUGUGCGGCCAAUAAGUCACUAUCAUUAUAUUCCUGACUUCAUUCCUGUUCGUCCGCGUGGUAUGGACAAUUUAGAGUAUCACAUGAUGAAUGACAGUAGUGCCAAUAACCAGCAGCAAUUGCCACCUUUUCAAAGGCUACCAAGUAAUAGCACUUCAGAAGAGACUGAAUAUAUGACCACGAAACGUGAACUCUUACCAUUGACUCAUCAUCGAAAUGAGACAACAGUUUAGUGCAUUUAUUAGUCUUCAAUUAGUGCCUAUGUACAGUGGGACCAAUUCGUGUUUUGUUUCUAUUGAAACGCUAUAUUGCAGCUAUUUUGUACAGUGAAUACCAUUUUCAUAGUGUUUUGAGAAGUGCCUUAUAAGAAACUGUUUUCUCGUUUGUAAGAAGGCUGAAAUUUACAAGUAACGAACAUUCACUGUUUGAAUAAUGAUUGUAAAAAUUGUCGCCAACAUUGUGUUAAUCUAUUAUUUUGUUAUGAGAUUUUUUUUUUUUUAUUGAAGGCAAUGCAACAUUCAUGUGAUAAACAACUGAUCAUCAUAUUUUCUGAUGCUAUUUACUAAAAAAUUUUUAAAUAUUUAUUUUUUUACUCUAGCUGCCUCUGUGUAGGCAGUUUUCUAUUUUUAUAAAACUUGUUAGUUGUAUUUUCUAAAAACAAAAUUUAUUUCUACACAUAUCUGCUAUGUUUUCUUAAAACUUAGCAUUUAAAUUUUAAAAAAAGGUGUGCCUUAAUUUAUUUAUUUACAUUAAAAAUAUGAAUAAUAAUCUUACUCUAAAACUUAAUGGAGAAUCUGAUUAAUUUUUGUGAACUUUUAUUAGAGCAAAAAAGCAUUUAGUAUCCUAACAAUUGUUACAUAUCUUUUAAUCAUCUUGUUUAUUUUCUAAGAGGUGUUUUUCAUAGCUUUGUUCAUUAGGCAAUGUACACAUUCAUUUGGUUAUUUUGCCAUACUUCAUUACAAUUCAUCAUCUUAAUACAUUGCAUAUUUCAUCACAUUCAUUCAGUUUCUUUUAUGGACUCAAUUUACCUCGCAUAUGAAUGUACAUAAAUGAACAUUUCCAGUGUUAGUGCAAGUUUUAAGUACCUGGGAUUUCAGCUCACACUGUCUGAAUGGCAAACAUUCUGAACGAUGGUGACUUCGGAGGUUAUGAAAGAAAAUGGAAAUGUAUUCCAUGGAAAAAUGUGAUUUCUGCACUGGUUAUACUUCACUCUUUUUCUCAUAAAAGAUUGAGCGCUUAAAAAAAAACUGUUUUUCUUACCUGAAAAUUGUUAAAGAGGUUAUUGAGUUGCUGCAGUUUGAGUGCCAUAUGGCUGUGUUAUAUUUGCUGUUUAGUCAUUGUUUAUGUUACAAUAUUUUUUUUUCUUGUUCAGUGUGUUAAUAUCUUCACUUUCAGAAGAAUAGUAUUCUGUCAUUUUUUAUCCUUCUCAGUUUUUAGUUGUCUAUUUAUUUAAAUAGUUAAAAAUUCAUUAUUUUAUAUCGAGCAAAAUGUAUCCGAGUGACAUUAAUGAGACUGAAACUGUGUUUCAGCUGGAAUUUACUUUCUUAAAAAGUAUAUGCCAUUUGAUAUGAUCAUCUGCCUUUAAUAUGAAUGUUUGAAUUUUUUUAAUGAGAUAUUAAUACUUUUGCCUAAUUUAUUCUGAAAAUAAAUUAAUUUUUAUUCAUUAAGCAAAAAAAAAAGAAGUUUUUUGUGUUAAUUAAGCUCAUAUUUUAAUAAAUCCUGAAUUUUUUUUCAUUAAAAUCGUCCUAUGUUGCCAUAAUUUAAUUUUUUUUUUGUCAUUCUUUGCGAAACUGAAAUUUUAUUUUAUUUACCAUUAUCAUUUAAUUAAAUAUAAUGUCUUGUAGCUACAAUUAAUAAUAAAUUAAUAAAGCUAAAAUUAAAUAAGGGCUUUUAUUCUAUAUUUCAAAUCAUUAUGAAUAAAUUUAAAUUUCUAAUGUUUAUGCUCAUAGGUAUUAAUAAUAAGUAUAUUAUUUAUGCACAUAGGUAUUAAUAAUAACUAUAUUAUUAAUCAUACAUAUAUAUAUUUAUGAUAAAUGUGUAUAAUGGCUUUCCUCCAAAAAUUAUUAAUUCGUUACUAAUGGCUAAGUAAACAUGAAAACUUAAUGUCAAGUGAAUGUAUAAUGAAAGUUAGAUAUCUGCAUAAUAGUAUAUAUAUAUUAUCAAUAAUCAUCAUAUAUAAUUUUUUUAUUUUUGAUAUCUAAUAAAAUUUACUCAUGAAAACCAAAAUAAGUUAAAUUAUUCUUGCCUAUUCAGUGUUACGUUUUUUGUAGAACAAUUUUUUAUUCUUCGAUUCAUUAGAUUUGUAUUGUGUGGCAAUCUGAAAUGUGAUAGUUUUACAAUCAGGUUUUUCAGUCUUGUGAUUUUUCGCUCAUCUGUGAGAAUGCUGUAAAUCCAUUGAUCUGGAAUGGCUCAAAAUGUUUUUAAAAUGUUAUUUGUUAAAAUAGUUGUUUUAUUGAGUGCAAACUAAGCUUUUAUAAAUAUAUAUUAUAUGUAUGAUUUCGAAUCACUUGUUCUUGCUUUUAGUGAAUCUGAAAUUUACUACACUCGUUUUUGCCAUUUUAAUAUACUUUUUUUUUUGUAAAUUUUUGUACAUUCCUUUAUUGAAGUUGUGUUGGCUCUACAACACUUUCUAUUUUUUAAAUUUUUUUCCCCUCUCAUUGCAUUUUGGAGGAUAUUUUUAGAUAAAAUUUCUAUCUGUUCUUGUAAAAAUGUACAAAAUCAUUAUUUUCAGAA